AUGGUCUCUCUCAAGCUUCGGUAUUUCCGACGCGGCGGUGAGAUAGCGCUUGCAGAUCUGGCCUCCUCGGAUCCAGUGACGGUGUUUAGAACUUUGAAGACGGGUUCGGUCUCUGUUUUGCUGUCUAGGUCGCCUUAUGUCUGGUGGCAAGCUUCAGAGUGGUGGCUCACGCCUUUUUGGCGGGCCCGUGUUAGUGUCUCAGAGCCUAGUUCGUGUUGGCUCCGGGUGUGGUCCGGUGUUGAUGGUGGAGCAAUGCUGGACAUGAUUGUUGAGGCGCCGCAUCACCAAGAAGAUGUGAGAAAAUUGGGGAGGAUCCUGAGGGAAGCAGCAACGGAGGAUAAGACAGUCAUAAUAACCACCUUAAACCGGGCUUGGUCUGAACCAAACUCGACGUUUGAUUUGUUUCUUGAGAGUUUUCAUGUUGGAAAAGGGACUAAGCCAUUGCUCCGACACCUUGUGGUGGCAUGUCUCGACCCGGAGGCCUACUCUAGAUGCUUGGAGGUCCAUCCUCGGCUCUGCUACUUCAUGAAAACCGAAGAAAUUGAUUUCUCCGACGAUAAAAUGUUCAUGACGCCAGACUAUCUCAAGAUGAUGUGGCGUCGUAUAGAGUUUUUGGGUACUUUGUUAAAGCUCGGAUAUAACUUUAUCUUCACGGAUGUAGAUAUAUUGUGGUUUCGAGAUCCACUCCCUCGUCUAUCUAAAGAUGUUGAUUUCCAAAUCGCGUGUGAUCGUUUUAAUGGAGACGAUAGAGACAUCGAGAACGAGGUCAAUGGUGGUUUCACUUUUGUUCAAGCGAAUCCACGAACCAUAGAUUUUUACAACUAUUGGUACAGCUCGAGGCUGUGGUUUCCGGAUAAACACGAUCAGGACGUGUUCAAUGAAAUAAAAGGAGGCUGGUAUAUUGCAAAAAUUGGACUAACAAUGAGGUUUCUCGACACAACGUACUUCGGAGGAUUUUGUGAGCCAGGUCGGGACUUGGAUAAGGUUUGCACAAUGCAUGCUAAUUGUUGUGUGGGACAGGAGAAUAAGAUUAACGAUUUGAGAGAAGUGCUUGUGGAUUGGAGGAAUUAUUUGUAUGCGGCGAAGAGAUAUGAUGGUGAGGAAAUGACAUGGCGAGAGCCGGAGAACUGCAUGAAGCAAUGGUGGUGGAAAAAGAAAAAACCAGAUAUGUUGGGGUCAGAUUAUAGAAGAAAAACUAUAUAAUUAUAU